AUGCCCACCCCUAGUUGAACAGUUCAAGUUCGGUCACUCUCCGUUAACCUCCGUUAACUUUGACUGACGUGGCGGUCAACUGUGACAGUUGACCGUUAAAUGUGUGACGUGUCAAAUAAAAAAUAAUUAAAAAAUAAAAAUUAAAUACAUAGAAAUUACACAUCAUUAUAAAAGAAAAUUUGUCGGAUUCCGCCAUUGAUAAUCGGAUUCAUUAUCAAACUGCAUCUUCUUCCCUGGAUUGGAAAUAACGUCAAUGGAAUCCUCUGCUUCACUCUUCUCUGCCGCCAUGGAACCCCUCUCUCUAUAUAACUGGAAUCUCCCCAACCACCAUUUCUCCCCCAUCGAAUUCAAUUCGUAGAUUAUCCCUUUCCCCCAUUUUCUCAAUUUACCAAGAAGCCCUCUGUUUCCCCCUGAUUCCCUUCCCAAUCUAAUCCCUAUCAGUUUUCUACCCAGAUCCGCAAAAACUGCCACCGAUGGGAUCCGGCGGCGACCAAGAAUCCGGCGGAGUCGCAACGACGACGACGACAACGACGAAAUCCAAGCUACGCUACAACUCGCCUCUGGUCCAAGUGGUCCUCAUCGGACUGGUCUGCUUCUGCUGCCCGGGGAUGUUCAACGCCCUCUCCGGCAUGGGCGCCGGCGGCCAGGUCGACCCCACCGCCGCCAACAACGCGCUCUACACCACCUUCGCCGUCUUCGGCGGCGGAUUCUACAACAACCUCGGCCCGCGCCUCACCCUCGCCGCCGGCUGCAGCACCUACGUCCUCUACGCCGGAUCUUUCCUCUACUACAACCUGCGAAUUGUGGAGAGAGGAGGGGCGGCGUGUGUGGUGGCGGAUUGGAAGCAAGUUGCGGAUAGGCAUGGCGGCGGACGGAGGUGGCGGCUGGGGAGAGUGGAGAGGAGGAGGAAGGAAGAAGUCGAGAGAAUGGUGGGAGCAAUGGACAGAGAAAGGAGGUGGAAUUUGGGUAAAAACUCUUUAUAAUGAUGUGUAAUUUCUAAAAAUUUAUUUUUUAUUUUUUAUUUGCCACGUCACACAUUUAACGGUCAACUGUCAGAGUUGACCGCCACGUCAGUCAAAGUUAACGGAGGUUAACAGAGAGUGACCGAACUUGAACUGUUCAACUAAUUCGAGUGACUAUAAAUGGAAUAAAUUAAU